AUGCACGUAGCAUUGCGAUUUCAGUCCCGCAUCAGAACAGUAGCGUCUGCUACCUUCCAGUGCAACAAAGUCCUUUUCUCAACCUUAUAUUCGGAGGAACAAGCUGUGCCAUCAUCCUUGGUUUCCCAUUACUUUGCACUUCUACACUCCUCCAAUCACCCUACUCAUCUCGGCCACCUCCAUGCUCGCUUGCUCCGCACUACCCUUUACGACAAUGUGAUUCUCAGUUCCAAGCUCGUUUUGAUGUACUCCCGUCUCGGCAAGCUCAACCCUCAUUCUCUAUCCGUCUUCUUCCACAUGCCGCACAGAAACGUCUACUCCUGGAACAUCGUGAUCGGCGAGUUUUCUCGCUCCAAUAUGCCUGAGAAGUCCAUUGAGCUGUUUAUUCGCAUGUGGAAGGAAGCCCAAGCACGGCCGGACGAUUUCUCACUCCCUCUUGUUUUACGGGCCUGCGCUGGAUGUGGGUCGAUGGGAUUAGGCGUUGGAGUACAUGGGUUAUGUGUGAAAUUGGGAUUGGUGGUCAGCAUCUUCGUUGCGUCGGCUUUGGUUUUCAUGUAUGCGACUCUGGGUAAGAUGUCUCAUGCGAGGAAGGUGUUCGAUGAAAUGUCGCAAAGAGAUGCUGUGCUAUGGACGUCUAUGUUGGCUGGAUAUGCUCAGACGGGGGAAUCAAUGUCAGGCCUGGAAUUGCUCAGGGAAAUGAUAAAUUCUGCUGUUGAGCUUGAUUGGGUCGUUAUGGUGAGCUUGCUUACCAUGUGCAGCCAACUGGGUUGGUUGAAGCAGGGGAAGACUGCUCACGCUUGGUGCUUGAAAAAUUGUCUGGGAAUGGAGUUGAGCUUGGGAAACGCCAUUGUCGACAUGUAUGUGAAGUGCUCCAAUCUGACCUACGCGCAAACGAUGUUCGAUACCAUGCCUGCAAAGGAUGUGUUCUCUUGGAGCUCCUUGAUUCUGGGUUACGGGUUGAGUGGCAAUGUCAGCGUUGCCCUGCAGCUAUUCGAUCAUAUGCUUAGGAGAAGGUUCAAGCCGAAUGAAGUCACGUUUCUUGGCGUUCUAUCAGCGUGUGCCCAUGGCGGGUUGGUGGAGCAGGGGCGUCGGUGUUUCGACAUGAUGAGAGACCAGGGGGUCGUUCCUGAGCUGAAACAUUAUGCAAACAUGGUUGAUUGCUUAGGAAGAGCAGGGCGUUUGGAAGAAGCGGAGAGAUUCGUCGAAGAGAUGCCGAUGGAACCUGAUGUAGCUGUGCUGGGAGCUGUACUAGCAGGGUGUAGAGUUCACAACAAUGUCGAUGUAGGCGAACGAUUCGCCAAGAAAUUGAUGAGGCUGGAACCAGGGAGAGCUGGGUACUAUGUGCUUCUGGCGAACAUGUAUGCAACAGCAGGCAGAUUUGAAGAUGCUGAGAUGGUUAGGAGCUUCAUGAAGGAUGUGAAUUUGGUCAAGGCACCUGGAUGUAGCUUGAUUGAGCCCAACAAGCAUUCUUUCCCCUUUGAAGUUGCAGAAUCAGGUUCAGCUUUGCCAUGA